AUGUCAUACCAAAUCACCUACGACCCGUCACUCGCGCCACCGAACACGGCCGCCAUGAUUUCCUUCAUGGAGUCAUUCUACGCCACCAGCGACACUGAGUCCAAACACGAUGUCUAUGUGGAUAGUUUCACCCCGGAUGGGACUCUAAUCAUGGGAUCCAAGGUGGCGAAUGGAUCGAGUGAGAUCCUCACCCUCCGUCAAAGUCUCUGGACCCACGUGGCGUCACGCAAACACUUCCUCUCGCGCAUCUACUUCGGCGGACCGAAUGAACUCAUGCUCCAUGGGACGGUCAAGUACGUGCUUAAGGCGGAUCCCAGCGCAGAGGUGGAGGUUCCCUGGGCGGGGAGAGUCGUGUUUGACGAGAAAGUGUUAAAGAUGAGGUUUUAUCAGGUUUAUUUUGAUCCGACGGUGCAGUCGGGGAGGAAAUGA